AGCACGAUCCGUAGCACGCAGCUGUAGACGCAACGUGCGAACUGCGUGCAGCAGCAGAGCUCUGCUUAGUUUCGAUUAAAGCGUGAACAUUUUGAAGGCUUCAAAGAAGUUAAUCAUGGCAGAUGAAGAAAUGUCUCCUCUUGAGCUUAAAGUGGCAGGACAACUCGAGUACUACUUUGGGGAUCAUAACCUCCCAAGAGACAAAUUUCUCAAAGAACAAUUGCAGCUUGAUGAUGGCUGGGUAACAUUGGAGACAAUGCUAAAAUUUAACAGACUGAAGUCAUUAACGACAGACAGCACCGUUAUUGUAGCAGCACUACAGAAAUCAAAGACCGGUUUACUGGAGCUCAGUGAUGACAAGACUAAGAUCAGAAGAUCUCCAAACAAGCCUUUACCUGAAGUUAAUGAUGAAUACAAAGCAACAAUUGCUCACAAAACUGUGUAUAUGAAAGGCUUUCCUCUGGAAACGUCUCUGGAUGAAAUUCAGGAGUGGCUGAAUGGAAAAGGCAAAAUAGAAAACAUUCAGAUGAGAAGAAACCUACUAAAGCAGUUCAAGGGAUCAGUAUUCAUCUGUUUUGAUACUGAAGACGCCUCAAAGAGAUUCCUAGAACGUUCAGACAUAAAAACAUUCAAGGAUAACGAGUUGCUAGUGUUGUCGAGAGAAGCUUAUCAUGCAAAGAAAGCAGAGGAGCGAAAACAAUUUAAAGCGGAGAAUAAAGCUAAAGCUAAGCAGGACAAAGAAAAACAACAAAAACAAACUGAGGACAAAGAAAUGGAGUUGCUCUUGGAUGAACAGACAGGAUGUCUGUUAAAAUUUUCUGGAGAGCUUGAAAAUGUUUCAAGAGAAGACUUUCAUGACUUAUUCUCUGGCCAUGGAAAGAUCAAAUGGGUCGAUUUUACAAGAGGUGCCAAAGAGGGUACACUCCUAUUUGAUGGAAAUGCAAAGGAAGCCUUUGAUAAGGCCAAAGAGGCAAAUGAAGGGGAAUUGAAAAUCAAGGACAGCGCGGUUACUUGGAAGGUGCUUGAGGGAGACGAGGAGAAGGAAGAAUUAAAAAAGAUAAUUGAGGCUCAACAAGUGUGUUACAGGUCAAGAGGCAGAGGUGGUAGACGUCCAGGUGGAAGAGGAAGAGGAGGCAAAAGGGGUAGGGGUGGUGGCAGAGACAGAGAUCAAGGAAGAAAUCAAUUCCAAGGAAAGAAGACCAAGUUUGAUAGUGAUGAUGAGGGAGAUGAUGAGAAUGCACCUGCAGCUCAGAAGAGAGAGCUAGAAGAAGCAGAAGCUCCUGCAGCCAAAGUCGCCAAAACGGAGAAUGGAUCUUAAGUUAUGAAAACCACUCAAAAGAGUUUUUUUAUUUGUAAAACAUUUAUAACAAACCACAAAAGUCAAAUUACUUUAAUCCAUUCCAUUGCCACUUUCAAGAUUUGGAGAAUCUUAAGAAAUCCACCUGGAUAUCCACCUAGAAAGUAAGACAUAAAUGAACCCCGUAUCUUAUGAAACUGUACAUUAGGGUAAUUUCUUUUACGCAAGCGCUUAAUGUCAAACGUUUGACGUCUAGUAAGUCCCAUUUGCUGUCUUGAAUUGAAUACUUUUUUAGUUUGCAUAGAACACGGUAAAUAAAACAUAAAAUUAAGCUCAACAUUGGAAAGUGUAUUUUGAUUACAUCUGGUAAUAUAAAUUAUGAACUUACCGAUUUCUUUUUGUGAAACUUGUAAGAUGCUGGUAAAUCAUAUCGUAAUUCUGUAAGCAACCAGUUGGACUGUGUUAAAGCUAUGGCAUUCAAUUUUUCUUAUUUUUCAUCUCACCUGCUAUUACUUCCAUUUUAACACCCCAAUCAUAUGCCUUUUUCUGUAUGUGCUGUGAAAGUAAUGUUUAAUACAGUAACAUGAUUUUUUUAGUUUGUUUUAUUUUAAAAUUUGAUUUUAUAAAUGGGAAUCCUUACCUCUCGU